AUGGAACGUCUAAACUCUAUUGAAUCAAGCUUACCACCAGAACAGCCCCCAACAAAGCAAGCUAUCCGUAGACUUGAAAGUGAUUUAUCUCAAGAAUUUAAAAUUGCAGCGAAUGCAGUGACCAAGUUAUAUAGAAUUGCGAAUGAAAGAAACUCAUUGUUAAAACACUCUGGAUAUAUUGACUGUAUCGAUGAUUUGACCAAAUAUUUACAAGAUAAUGAGGAUAAUGUGAGUAUACAUGAUAUUAAAUUAUGGUUAUUGAAACAACGUAAUGAAAUACUUUCUGAAAAUGGUACUAAUGCCAAUAGUACUUCAAAUUCCAAUACAAUUUUGAACAACAAUACCAAUAAUAGCGCUAAUAAUAGUUCUGGAUAUAAUUUUAAUUUCAAGAAUUCUUCUACUGGCUCCAACAUAGAACGUGAAAAGACAACAAAUCAUCACAAUUCUGUUCAAUCUCCAAAGUUUAUUCUAUCGAUGCCACCAUUAAGUGUAGAACACACGGGUGCUAUUCCAAAUAAUAUCAAAUCUAAGAAACGUUGGAAUAGAAGACCUACAAGAAUAGAUAAUGAACAAUUUACCAACACAAACACCAAUCUGCCAUCAACAAUUGUCUCUACAGAAUCACACAAUAAUCAUGUUCCAUCUACCAAUAACAAUAACAAUGAUACUGAAGACGAUGACACUCUACACAUUAAUAAGAGAACUAAAUAUUAUUCCGAAGACAAGUCUAGAAAAGAUCCCUCUUAA